AUGUCUGACGACGAAUGUGAAGAGCUCACGGAGCUCUUCUCCGAGGAUACCGACGUUUUCGGCUCGCGACCGCCCAACACCAUCAUCAGCAAGCCCAGCGAUCUGACACAUGACGAAAAGCUUCUUCUGAAAGAUCUUUUUGUCGCGUAUGUCGACAUGCCUGGGCAAGGCUCCCAUGCAUCCCUGUCCCCGGAAUUCUACAAAGAGUUCUUUGACGAGAUCUUCAAGUACUGGGUAUCGAGCCAUAGAGUCAACAUCAGACCUGUCCUCCAGCCCAAAACCGAGGAGCAGACACGUAUCCAAAUCGACGACUCUUGGGCCGAGAGUGAGCCACAGGCCACCACAGGCCCCAAAAUCGUUCGCAAGCGGAAGCUGUUCGAGGCAAUUUUCCUCACCAUGCAGUUCAACUCUGUCGAGGAAACCUUCACGUGGACCUGGCAGAACAAUGAAAGGAAGGACGCGCCCUUUUCGGCCAUUAAACGUUACCUCCCCCGAGGUGUGACCAAGAACGAUGUCAUUCUCAUGGCUAUUGAAAACUACGACAGUUUCGAACGAAAGCGAAUCACUUCUUACAACCGUGACCUGAUUAUCAACGCCGCACGCCGUCGCAUCCACAAAUGGGCUCGAGCUGGAUCGUCACACGACGACACCAUUGAUAGCGCUGACGAGAUUGGAGAACGCUCCAUCCUCUCACUCGUUCUUGCAAGCGAUGUGUAUCUCAAGACUACUCGCGACGCUCUUGAAAUAGCAGCCGAGAUCGAGAAACGGCGUAGCAUGAUCUGCCCUUCUUUUUUGGCAGCUACCGCAGAAGACCACGAUAAGUCACGCAUUUCGCUCUAUGAAGCAUCAACUUCAUUGACGAAUGCCAAGUGA